AUGACUGACUUCAGAUUUCUAAAAGUAGUCAGGGUGCACGCCACGACCGCGCGGUGUGGUAUCUCAGACCAUCGCUUAUUUCAAAGACGAAAAGUUCGAAAUGCACAGGAAUGGUCCAAAGCUCGUCAGGCGGAAACGGAGGGAGCCCUGCUGAAUGCUCUGGAGAAAAAGAAUGCCCGUCAGGCGGCGCGAAAGCGCCACAGGGCCGAGCUGAUGGUGCCCAGCCUGCAGCACUUGAACUUCGUGCUGUACUGGCCUCACAGCACCCACGCCCACCCGGAGCUGUACGAGAAAUGGGAUCCUCACAGUUGCGGGCAA